AUGGGGCUGCUGAGUAUCCUCAAGAAGGUCAAGGAGAAGGAGAAGGAGAUCCGCGUCCUCAUGCUAGGCCUGGACAAUGCCGGCAAAACGACGAUCCUCAAGAAGUUUAUGGGCCAGGACAUCACGGAGAUCUCACCGACGCUGGGCUUCGACAUCCAGACGCUCGAGUACAAGGACUUCAAAUUGAACGUCUGGGACGUCGGGGGCCAGCAGACCAUUCGCUCGUACUGGAGGAACUACUUUGAACAGACGGAUGGCCUCGUAUGGGUGGUGGACAGCGCCGAUCGACGGCGGCUUGAGGACUGCAAGCGGGAGCUCGCCAGUCUGCUGACGCAAGAGAAACUGGCGGGUGCUACACUGCUCAUCUUCGCUAACAAGCAGGACUUAGCUGGCGCUCUUUCCUCUGCAGAGAUCGCGGACGCGCUAGGACUGCGCGCUGCUCAAUUUUCUACUCGGCACUGGAGCAUUAUCUCCUGCAGUGCUGUCACGGGUGACGGUCUCGUUGACGGCAUCGACUGGCUUGUUGCGGACGUCGCCAGCCGCAUCUUCCUGAUGGAGUAA